AUGGAAAUUGAAGAUGUUCCAAUACCACCAAAAAGAGAAUAUGAUAUAAAAAUGGAUAUUGAUGGUGAAAGAAAAAGAGGAUUUUCUAAUAAAGAAGAUAGAGAUAAAGCAUAUCGAUCAAGAAGAAGAUAUAACCAAUGUGAAAGAUGUGGAUUAAGAGGUCAUUUUAUAAAAGAAUGUUCAAAUCCAGGAAUGAAAAGAGGAAAUAAAAAUAUUAGAGUACGAGUUAAUGUACCACCAGAAAAAUAUGUAAUGGAUAUGUAUAAUGAAAAAGCAAAUAUAACAUAUGGACAAAUUUAUAAUGAAAAUCCAAAAUUUAGAAGAAUAGCUAGAAAUUAUGAUGAAGAUGAUAAUGCAUGACUACACUCGGACCAACAAAUAAAAAGUGCAGAUAAUAAAAGUGAAACUAGAGCAAUGAGAAGUGAAG